CAUAGUGUAGGUACCUACAUCCCACAUCACAAACGGUCGCGAUUAUAAGUAGAUAUCUAAAUAUGAACAUUUAUAUAUAACCAUUUACUAUUUGCUCGUUGUUCCUAAUCGUCUAAAAUAUGAAAAUGCGUGUAAAGUGUCUUGUUAUAUUUUUCUGUGCUGUUGCUUAUUUUGUGGGUGAAUUGGAUGCACAAAUCUGCAGGCAUUAUGAGCUUGUGACGAGCAUGAAACAGGUUACCUACCUGACAUCGUACCGAGUCACCUACUACGGCCGCUGCUAUUUCGACAGAUGCAUUUUAACCAAGUGGAUGAGUUCUGUCGAACGCAAGAGUAUACCGAGAAGAGAACUGAAGCCCAUAACCUCUUGCUGUCCGGGUUACAUCAGGAAAGAUGACUCGGCUGAUGAUAGAAACAUUGUAUGCGAGGCGAUAUGUAUGCCAGCUUGCAGAAAUGGACGCUGCAAAAAUCCAGGAAUAUGCGAAUGCAAUAAUGGAUAUAUCGCAGACCCUAAAGAUGAUCACAACUGCCUUCCAUUUUGCGAGAAAGGUUGCGAGCACGGAACUUGCGUCGCUCCUGGCACUUGUCGAUGUGACUUCGGAUACACCCUCGUAAACGGCACAUGCCAGCCAGUUUGCACGGAUCCUUGUCACAAUGGUACCUGCGUUGCUCCAGAACAGUGUGAGUGCCUCGUUGGCUAUAGAAAAUCAGAGAAUAAUAUAUGCCAACCCUACUGUUCUCACGGCUGCGACAAUGGAGUCUGUGUGGCCCCAGAAACCUGUCAAUGCCAUUCUGGAUGGGACUUAAAAGAAACUGAACACUUUCCAUACAAACAUUGUGUACCAGUCUGUUCAAAACCUUGUGGCAACGGCACUUGUGUGGCUCCAAACGUGUGUGCUUGCCACAGAGGAUAUGAGAUAGAUACUAAUUAUAAUUCCUUGUAUACCUCCAACCCGAAUGCAACAAUUUGCGUACCAAUUUGUACUGGAUGUGCAGGGCGUUGUAUAGCACCUAACAAAUGCGAACUGAUACUAACAUCAGAAUCGCAAAUUUCGUAUUACGACGAAUAUUCUUAUGAUUAUGAUGCUCCUCUUCUACCUAAAUUUUAUCCAACUCCUGCAAAAACUACAACGUCUACUACUAGGGGUACUACAAGGACCACAUCUACUGCAGCACCUUAUCCAAUACCAACUACAACUUCUACUGCAACGCCUUAUUCAAUACCAACUACAACUUCUACUGCAACGCCUUAUCCAAUACCAACUACAACUUCUACUGCAACGCCUUAUUCAAUACCAACUACAACGUCUACUGCUGUGCCUUAUCCGGUACCUACUACAACGUCUACUGCAACGCCUUAUCCAAUACCUACUAGAACCUCUACUGCAACACCUUAUCCAUUACCUACUAGAACUUCUACUGCAACACCUUAUCCAGUUCCUACUACAACUAGUACAAUGGCUACUGCAACAUCUACCAUGGGUGCUAGUUCAUACUUUAAUGAAACAACUGGAGAAGAAUUGAAAAAGUCAUGGAUCGAAGAAAACUGGGUGCAUGUAUUCGUACCAAUAUUAGUUGUCAUCACGACAGCUAUGAUAGCAGUACUCUUACUAGUUUGGAGGUGCACCCCCAUUAGAACUUUCUUCAAAGGAAGGAGUUACGUUGUAGAAGGUGAUCCCGUGCAAACCGGUAACCCACCGCCGCCGUCGGAAAAUAUACGGAUAUCAGAUAUUAAAAUAUAAACAAUUAAAAAUAAUGACACAACAAA